AUGGUAACCAGACAGUUCUCCCUACGAGGCCACAAGGCACCAAUUGCAGGAUUUCUGGAUACUCCCCAUGGUCUUGUUUCUGCAGACAGAGACGGCUGGGUCGUUGUGUGGAGUCUCGUGACCAAGCGACCCUUGGGUUUCUGGAAAGCUCACGAUGGUCAAAUCAUCACCUUGAUCAACACACCCCAUGGAUUGUUGACACACGGCCGGGACUCGGCAAUUCGGUUCUGGACCACAGAAGGUCUUGCUGUGGAAACGGAUUUGGCAUAUAUGGGCAGGGACGGUUUGCCUAAACCGAAAUACGAGGAGAUCCCAGUGAACGCCUUGAACUUCUGCAAUGUGGACUACAUCGACGGCCGUUUGGCCACGGCAUCUACUACCGACUCGGAGAAUUUUGAUAUUUACGAGCUCGCAGCGCCAGGAAAGCCGUGGGGUCUAUCCAGAGUCGUUCAGGGCUUUUCAGUGGGCACUGGUGCUGUUGAUGAGACUAAACGGGACGGUCAGGGCAUUAUCAUGAAACUACGGUUUGUGGGGUCGUCCUUGCUUUUUGUGGGCUAUGAGCUGGGAACAGUGAAGGGUUUCAAAUUGACGGACGAGUCGAACUCAACAGCUCUGGCGAGGGAACUGCUCCUUCUCAAUAAGGACUUGAAGGUGACUGAGGUGUUUUCAUACAAUGGCCACUCGCCACAGCCGGUGCUUUCGUUUGAGUACGCUGACGAGAAGCUAUAUACGGGAUCGGCGUCCAAGAAGCUUAUUGUGGUAUCGAUCGGUGAACUUUUAAAGGAGGGAUCAAGUGAACCUGCGACGGUCAAAAAUGGACCAUCUGUGAAAGCUUCCAGCGGACUUGGGCUGCUUCUAGGACGGCCGAAAAUUGAGGUUUUGGACGACUUUGAACCUGUCGAUUGCGAGAUCUCCACCUUCAACCUUCGACAUGCUGGUAUUCUGAAUAUCCAGAUCGGCGAGGAAGUCCAUAUGAUUUUCUGGGACGGCGUGCUCAAAAGUUACACCAAGGAUUUAAAGGAAAUCAGCCGAUCGGAGAGGGGAGUGGAACGAAUCAAGGUUGAGACAGAACAGACAGAAGUCGCCAAACCUACUACCAAAGCAUUAUGUGCAUAUCUCUACCAUCCACCUCAGGUUUCUUCCCAACUGGCAUCACGAAAAGAGCUUCUUCGGCUCCGAAGAGCCAAGCAUGAAGUGUUGUUGUUCGUGGGCUACGGCGACAACCUCAUCAGUGCAUUUACGAUAGACGAACUGUAA